AUGGACGAACUCAUCCGCUUCGUCAAGAAGAACCGGCGCCAGAUCAUCAAGUACGCCAAGAAGGCGUUUGGCUUGUACAAGAAGAACCAGGGUGGUGGUGGUGGAGGAGGAGGAGGCGGUGGUGGUGGCUACGGAGGUGGGCAGCAGCAGCAAGGCGGCUCAUACGCUCAACAAGCCUCGUACGGCAAUCAGCAGCAAGGUGGCUAUGGGGGCGGUUUCGGUACCGGUUACGCCGCCCCUUCUGGGGGUUACGACCAUCCACCACCCCAAGGUGCGUAUAGCGCCCCUCAACCGCACCAUGGCGCACCCACGCAGGGCCCACACUACAAAUACUCUGCGGACAACCAGGUGAACCAGCACGACGCGCAAUAUAUGAACCUUCGCAACCAAGCGCGAUCCGAGGGCGACCAGAUGGCGCGCUGCUUCGACCAGUCGCACAAGGCUUACGCCCAAAACGACGGCGGCCGCGCCAAGCAGCUCAGCAACGAGGGCCACGAGCAUAAGCUCAACAUGGAGCGCCUCAACAAGCAGGCCGCCGAUUGGAUCUUUAUGGCCAACAACGAAGACUCCCCGCAGGGCACCGUCGACCUUCACGGGCUGUACACUUCCGAGGCGCUCGAACGCACCGAACAGGCGGUCCGCCAGGGUCAAGCCCAGGGCUGGACAGAGAUGCGCAUUAUCGUCGGCAAAGGGCUACACAGCAAGGAUCAUAGACAACACAUUGCGCCCGCAGUGGAGAAGAUGAUGCAGGAUUACAGGUUAGAGGCCCAUCUGGAUCCGAGGAACGCCGGUGUGCUGGUGGUCAAUCUGAGGGGCAACGGUCAGGGCGGAGCUGGUUUCACCAGGGACCUGGCCAAGCAGACAACGGGCAAUGAGGAUGAGUGUGUGAUCAUGUAG